CGUUGAUUUGUUUCAGAAAUUCACAUUUUCGAGUUUUACACCAAAGCCUCUUUAGUCUUCACUUUCUCUCGAUCCAAACACGAUGAUGAUAACCCUAGUUUUUAAUGAAACUGGGCCGACCAAUUGUGUUGUAUACUUGGAUCAUGCUGGUUCUACUUUGUAUUCUGAGUUGCACAUGGAAAAUAUUUUCAAGGGCAAUGUUUUUGGAAAUCCACAUAGUCAAAGUGAUAUCAGUUCGGCAACCAGUGACCUUAUAGCGGAUGCUCGGCAUCAGGUGCUUGAAUACUUCAAUGCAUCUCCUGAAGAUUACAGUUGCAUAUUCACCUCCGGAGCCACAGCAGCGCUGAAGCUUGUCGGAGAGACAUUUCCUUGGACCCAAGACCGUAAUUUUUUGUAUACCAUGGAGAAUCACAACAGUGUGCUUGGUAUUAGGGAAUAUGCAUUAGCUCAAGGUGCUUCAGCAUGUGCAGUGGAUACUGAAGAGGUAGCUAACCAACCAGGCCAGCUCACAAAUUCAGGACCAUCUAUCAAGGUAAAGCAUCGUGCUGUGCAGAUGAGAAACACUUGUAAAAUCCAAAAGGAAGAGUCAAGAGGAAAUGCCUAUAAUCUAUUUGCUUUCCCCUCUUCUGGCCUGAGGUUUAAUCUAGAUCUGGUGAAGUUGAUUAAAGAAAAUCCUGAAACCAUGCUACAAGGCUCUCCCUUUAGCAAGAGCAAGCGGUGGAUGGUCUUGAUUGAUGCUGCAAAGGGUUGUGCUACACUACCACCUGAUUUAUUGAAGUAUCCUGCAGAUUUUGUUGUUGUGUCAUUCUACAAGUUAUUUGGUUAUCCUACUGGGCUUGGCGCUCUCCUUGUACGGAAUGAUGCAGCCAAAUUGCUCAAAAAGACUUAUUUUAGUGGAGGCACUGUUGCUGCUUCAAUUGCUGACAUCGACUUUGUAAAAAGAAGGGAAAGGGUGGAGGAGUUUUUUGAGGAUAGUUCUGCUUCAUUCCUGAGCAUAGCAGCCAUCCGUCAUGGCUUCAAAUUACUCAAGUCGCUUACACCUUCUGCAAUUUGGAUGCUCAUUUUCAACUCUUUUGUUGCGACUAUCUAAUUUAAACUGUAUGCUUUUAUUCACAGAAAUUUAUUGAUUUCAUUAUAAGUUCAUUUGUUUCACCUCCAAAGAAGAUUGGGAAUGGAACUGUCGUCAGUGGAAGGUUUUCUCAACUUCCUAGUGAAGAACUUGAAAGUAAAGAAUCUUUUCAAAG